CAUCUAUGAGAUAGUACCAGAACGGAAAAAUGAAUUCAUAAAUCUGAUUUGAAAAGUGUGAGUGUUUUGAUCUGCUACUAUCACAUAUAUAGCGUCCUGAUCUUCGUUUUUUGGCGCCUCUCUAAUGGCUAUCUUCAGGUGGGAUAGAUUAAUCAGAGGCCUUAGCUUGGAGAUUAUUUCAUGUUUUUAUUGUUUCAGAUUGUCAGGCGCGAUUUCUUCGGGCGACCUAUAGAAAAAGUUGCAGUACAAAGAAGGAUAUAA